GCGCACAAGAGGCGACGGCGCGGUGACGCGCGCGGCGGCGGCGGCGGCGGCGGCGGCGGCGGCGGGCGGCGCGGCGGCGCGUGAAGGCGCGCGAACCCCGGUGUCUUGGAGCAGUGCCCUGGCCCUGGCCCCCGCCGCUCCCGCCGCCGCCAUGUCGGGCCGGUCGGUCCGGGCGGAGACCCGCAGCCGGGCCAAAGACGACAUCAAGAAGGUGAUGGCGGCCAUCGAGAAAGUGCGGAAAUGCCGGGGGCCCGCCCUCCACUCUUCCUGGGUUUUGGCCCCGCCUGCGUUUCCAAGCUGGCCCUUGAUAAUAGCGAGUAUCCCUGGAGUGAUUUCAACCCGCCAGGCUGAGAGCUCUGCGUAUUCAGGCAUUGAAGCUGGGACUACAGGCAGCUGCCACCAUGCCCGGAAAGAAAAGUCAAAAUCGAACAGUUCAGCAGCCCGAGAACCUAAUGGCUUUCCCUCUGAUGCCUCAGCCAAUUCCUCUCUCCUUCUUGAAUUCCAGGAUGAAAACAGCAACCAGAGUUCCGUGUCUGACGUCUAUCAGCUGAAGGUGGAUAGCAGCACCAACUCAAGCCCCAGCCCCCAGCAGAGUGAGUCCCUGAGCCCAGCACACACCUCCGACUUCCGCACGGAUGACUCCCAGCCCCCAACCCUGGGCCAGGAGAUCCUGGAGGCUCUAAGGAAGCUCCCCCAGGUCCAGGCCUCAGGGGACCCCUGCCCUCAGGCCGACCCUGCUGCCUUUUCAGAGCCCUCCCUACCCUCCUCGGAAGUGGCUGAUGAACCUCCCACCCUCACCAAGGAAGAACCAGUUCCACUAGAGACACAGGUCGUCGAGGAAGAGGAAGACUCAAGGUGGCCCCACCCCUGAAGCGCUUCUGUGUGGACCAACCCACAGGUGCCGCAGACGGCCUCAGAAAGCUAGCACCGUCCCUGGCCCUCUGCCUCCUGGCCCUGCCCUCUAUUUAUUGCAUUCUUGUUCUGGCCCGCGGCUGCGUUGCUGGGGUAAGGGCAAGCCACUGGGUCGAGAGCCUGCACACAUGAGCCUUCCGGGCUGGAAGGCUGGCGUAGGACUUGGGGGCUGUAGCAUCAUCUUCCGUCCCUGGCACCUGUGUUACUUGCUCCCGAGAAGAGGAGCGGCUCAUGUCUUUUUUGCACCCAAGGUGGCUGGAGCAUCGGCCACCCCAAGGAUUAUCAUCCUGUCCCAAGAUUCAUCUGUCACCUCCAGGCAGCAGUCUCUGCUCCAGAAUCUCUGGACAGAGCUGCUGGCAGCUUCUGCGAGAAGAGAGAGAUGUGGAAGGCACCCUCUAGAAGAGAGUGCCUCGGGUUACUUGAACUUGAAUGGAGACUGUAGACUCCCGGACUUUCCCCUAGGACUGGGGGCCCUGUAGGCUGCUGUUGGGGAAGGACUGGGUAGAGACGUUGGAGGGAAGGGAAGGGCUUUUCUCCACACAAGGGCAGAGAGUCUGUCUAGAUUUCUUGCUGUCCUGCCAGUUCUGCCCAUGCCUGAGGUGGUCCUGCCUCUCACGGGCACCCUAGCUGCUGACAGUCCUUUGUGGCCGCCGUCCCCAUCCCCUGCCCUCAGCACACACGUCCGCACACACAGCUUUCUUUGUUCUCACCUGUACCUGUCAUUCCAACAUCCCUGCCUCUUGCCACAAACUGCCCCAGCAAGAAUUUGAGGUUCUGACACAGUACCCAUCCCCCACAGUACCCCUUCAGCUCAGUUUCUAGAAAGCUCCCUUUUCUUUGAAAUCUGCAUGUUAAAUUGAACUUUGUGAUUUUAUUUUUUGUUUCAAAAAAGUUUAAGAAAAUGGAAAUGGGCAACAGUGAGUGAAGACAUAUUUUAGCACUGAAUAGAAUAUUUUUAAAAUUAAACUAUUUGAAAUAUG